UCGUGCCGAGGGAAAUCAAAUCAGACGAAAAUGCGAGCCUCCACAUUUUUAUUCGGUCUGCUUUUGGUGGCCAGUUGCUCGUCGAUUUUGGCCAGGCCGCAGGACAGCAGCAGCACCACCACCACAACCACCACCACUCCGAAGCCGGAGGAGUCGUCCACAACCACCACGACCACGACUACGACUACGGAAAAGCCCAAAUCUGAGUCCACAACAGCCAGUACUACCACUAGUAGCACCACCCCCAGUACUACACCCAGCACCACUACCCCCAGCACCACCACUACUAGCACUACUCCCAGCACCACCACCCCUAGCACCACCACCACAACCACCACUACCACCACUCCAAAGCCCGAAGAUGAUGAGGCCGCCAAGCUCCUGGAGCAAUGUGCCGAGCUCAGCCGCCGGAAGAAGCGCGGUGGUUCGUCCUCCUCCGAGGAAGACGACAGUGGCGAGAAGAAGUCCGCGAAGAAAGAGCGCAAGCAGUUGAAGAAGCUGUGCAAGCAGUUGAAGAAGCAGCAGGAGCGCAAGCAGGAGAAGGCCCAGAAAUCGGCAUUAUCCGACUUGGCCGAAGCCCUGCGAAACUACAACCAGAAGCAGAAGAACUAAGGCGCCAGUCUUCCAGUUUUUUAAACAUUUUUUUUUUUUGUUUUAUAUAGUGUAUUUUAUUUUAUUUAACAAAAUUGAACCAAUAAAAAGGUUAUUCUAUUGAAGAAAAAA